UUCACAUGAGAAGGAGAAGAUGAAGUAGAAGAAGAAGAAGCCGACCUCAUGUUUUGACACUACCACUGACGUAACAUAGCAGUGUGCUAUUUAAGUCUGCGUUAGUCUCUCCGUUUGUACUAAUUCGUCUUUCAUGUGACAAACUACACUUUGUUCAUUCUUAGUCCAAGUAUAAACUUGACUCGUCUCCGUGAACUUUGCAGCUUCAUGGGUUAGCAUAGCGUGCUAGUUAGCUUAGCUUGCUAGCUGCUAACAUUGAGAGUUGGAAGUAAUCAACACGUCGCUAACUAGAGGCCAAAUCUGAGUGUAAACUGUUUUGAUUUUGUGAAGAUGUGCGAAAGAAGGAUGGCAGAGUACGAGGAGGAACUUCCUCGAACAAAAGAGGAGAAGGAGCGACAACGUAGACUACUGGACGCUGUUUGCAAGAAGCAUCAAGUUGUGUUGCACAAAACAGAUUUCCAGCAACUGACUGGACAUGGGAAAGAAAGUCCCCCUAAGUUGCAGGGGCGGGACUCCAUUUUGAAGCAGGAGGAUCAACAGCCCCCUCAUUUUAAAGAAGAAAAGAAGCACCUAAAGCCUAUAUAUGUUAAAGAGAAAGACAAGGAGCUAAAAAACCCUCAUGUAAAAGCAGAAGAGGAGGAUCCACAGCCGCCCCACUGUACAGAAGAAGAGGAGGGAGCGUGUCUUCUCCGACAGGAGGAGGCUGAUCUCACUGUUGUCUCUGUGAAGACUGAAGACCAUGAAGAAAAAACACCUGAGUCUUCACAGCUUCAUCACAGUCCAAACGUCCAGCAGCUGAUUGGUCAUCAAGAAGAACCUCUCUCUUUGUUGCUGGAGGUGAGCUCCCCUUUGAAGCAGAAGGACCCACAGCCCCCCCACAUUAAAGAGGAAGAGGAGGAACUCUGCAUCACUCAGGAGGGGGAGUAUCUUCUAGGGCAAAAAGAGGCUGAUCUCACCAACUUUCCACUAAUUGUUGUGUCUGUGAAGACUGAAGACCAUAAAGACAAACCACCUGAGUCCUCACAGCUUCAUCACAGUCCAAGUGAGGAGAAGAGAGAGGUGGAGCCUCCAAGCAGCAGCUCACCACAACACAUGACAACAGAUGGUGAUGGAGACCACUGUGGAGGAUCAGAAGCAGACAACCUCUUAGCUCCACUAUCAGAUGGUGACGAAUCUCACAUGAAAACACACACAGGGGAAAAAACUUUUGUUUGUUCAGUUUGCGGUAAAUUAUCCUCCCAAAAACGUAAUAUGCAAAUACACAUGAGAAGACAUACAGGAGAAAAACUUUUCAGUUGUUCAGUUUGCGCUAAACCCUUUGUUACAAACUCUGAUUUGACCCGACACAUGCGGACACACACCGGAGAAAAACCUUUCAUCUGCUCAAAUUGUGGCAGAAAGUUUUCUCAAAGGGUAACCAUGUUGUCACACAUGAGAACACACACAGGAGAAAAACCUUUCAGGUGUUCAGUUUGCGGUAAUUUAUUUUCAGAAAAACACAAUAUGCAAAUACACAUGAGAAGACACCUAGGAGAAAAACCUUUCAGUUGUUCACUCUGCGUUAAGGUAUUUUCUGAAAAACAUACUAUGCAAAUACACAUGAGAAGACACAGAGGAGAAAAACCUUUCAGUUGUUCAGUUUGUGCAAAAAACUUUGUUGCGCAGUCUGACUUGACUCGACACAUGCGGACACACUCUGGAGAAAAACCUUACAUUUGCUCAAACUGUGGCAAAAAGUUUUCUCGAAAGGAAAGGAUGCUGUCACACAUGAGAACACACACAGGAGAAUAACAUUUCCUUUUCAGAAAUAACUUUUUGAGUUGACUUUUGUAGAGUCAUUAAUGGUCUACUGCAGGGCUUCUUUAAAGUCUGUACUUUGUGCCAGAUCCAGACCAAAACUUAGUCUGGACCCAGCCGGAAUCCAGCAAGCCUACCGCAUGUUAUGAAUUACAAAACACUAAGUUUCUUUUAGAUACUGGUUGAAAAAAAUAAAUAUGAUUCACAAGAUCCUUUAAGGGUGGAACCGCAGUUUUUACGGGAUUUUGCCCAUCAGUCACAAUCCGUAUGUGAGACAAGCACAUAUUUGUAUAACUGUUGUAAUGUUAUGUCCGAGGACAGACUGUGUUUGUCGGAGGUGUGGUGUGUUUACUGACAAAGCAUGCCUUAAAAACCUGGCAAACAGAACAAAAAUCAAAGUAGCAACUUAAACUAUCAAAAUGUACAAAGCCAAUAAUCUACUCAUUCAAUUCAAUAAAAUGAAGCACGUGAUUUGACCUGCGAUGAGGUGGAAACUUGUCCAGGGUGUACCCCGCCUUCCCCCCGAAUGCAGCUGGGAUAGGCUCCAACACUCCCCGCGACCCCAAAAGGGACAAGCGGUAAAACAUGGAUGGAUGGUAGGACGUGAUUUGACAGCAGCAUGUCUGAAUUGGUCACAACAAAAUGGCUGCCGCAUCUGUACACCAAAGACUAUAAAAAUGGGACCCAUUAACCCCCUGCUUGGCACUCAGCAUCAAGGGUUGUAAUUGGGGUUAAAUCACCAAAAUAUUUUCCGGGCGCGGACAUCGCUGCUGCUCACUGCUCCCCUCUCCUCCCAGGGGGCAAACAGGGGAUGGGUCAAAUGCAGAGGUUAAUUUUACCACAACUAGUGUGUGUGUGUGAGACUAUCAUUGAUACUUUAACUUUUAACCCUUCUGCUCUUUUAUAGGGCUUCCAAUAAUACCCAGAAUGCUUUCCCAUAGGUUGGCUUGCAAACAAAAUCCAACGUUUCAAAACUUUAAACAGAUAAAGUUAUAGUGAUCUAAUAAAGGACCUAAAAGAUACUAACACUAUCUAAUCCUCAGAUUUGACCAACUAAACACAAGAUGAAUUAAACAGAAGACAAACUGCUGUUAUUUGAUGCGGUCUGAUGUCAUUAGUGAUGAUUUCAUCAACCCCACAAAACCAGGAAACACCUGGCGGCUCCGCCCCAAACAGUUCUGAAGGUGAGCUGCCAUGCAAAUAUUACAUAACUCAAUACAUCAAACUGAAGCCAAAAUAAAAGCAGUACUGCAACAUAUGUUGGCAAACCAAUAACAUAGGUGUGUGAAUUUGACCUGUUGAGAUGAGUGAUUACUGCCAAGCCGUCACAAUAACUGUAACUAUAUCAGUAACUCACUGUCCUUACAGUAGUUUUUCCUACAAGAUACUCUCCUUACAUAUUGUUGUGCAAAAAGCUGCAUAAGUCUAUGUCUAUUCAAAUGUAUCCAUUGCCAACAUUUGCAGUGUUACGCAUAUGGAGAGUGUUCUAUCUUGUUUUUUUUCCUGAUCGGCAUGGAAUAUUGACCAUAAUUAAUGAAGCACAGACUUACAGAUCAAUAAGCACAAACACACAGCAAACAUGAUCAAUAAUUUUCGGCCAAAUAAGAUCAUUUGCAUGCUCACAUUAUGAUAAAAUGUCCCAUGAGCAUUGAUGAAGAAGUAAUGAUCUUACGUAACUUAAUACCAGUCAUAUGGUGCAAUGCUUCUGUUAGAAAGUGUUAGAUUGUAGCUUCUGUGUCUAUAUGUGUAUA